CAGGUUACAGAAAUUACAGAAAUAUACAAACAACAAUCGUAAAAUGCAAUGCCCAAAUAAAAAAAGUUUCUUAUAAUAUUCUUUAGAUUUAAUAAUUUUCAACGUAAGCAGUACACCAGUCAAAUAAAAGUUUUGAAUCUGUUUUUAUCUCAAUAGAGAAAUGCAUUUCUUUAAAAAAUAAAAUAAAAUCAAAGCAAAAAUUGAUAGUAAAAUUACUUGGCCUGUUUCAAGAGUCGAUCAAAAGUCGUAUCAAAAGGAUCUUCGAGUGAGUCGUCGACAAAUUCCUUCUUCUUUGACGCCUCCCUUUCCACGGCAAUAAAAUUGAGUGCAGGUUUUUGGACAAUAGCGUAUUGCUGUCUCUUUUCAAUGCAUGGAAGAGAAAGUGAGGUUAAGAAUUCAAUAUUGUCCAAUCGGAAAGGAUAUUUCAAUGAGUUAAGAAACGGCUUCUGUGAUUGGUUGCUUUGCAAUUGGUUGCAAUUGGUCAAUUGGGUAAUUGAAACGAUUCGGGCGGCUCUCACUGUUAACGCUUCGUUUGCCCCGCUUUAGUUCGAAGGCUAUUUGCAGGCAAUUCCCGACACUGGAACUAAAACGCGGCUCUGGUGUAGCUGGGUGUAGUUUGGCGAGACGUUUCGCUUCAUUAUGUACAAAUAUGUCAUACAAAAACAAAAGAGGCAGCGUUUAACGUUCAAACAAAAAUGUGAGAUAGUAGAACAAGUGAAAGCAGGUACCUCAAAACGAGAAAUUUUACAGAAAUAUGGUAUCUGCGACCUAACGUACAGGAAAUUGUUAGCUCGUGAAGCCGAUUGGAACAACAAGGCGAAUAAUUAUGAAUAUCAGAAUAAGAAAUCGUCAAAAACAAGUGAUAAUAUGGUUUUGGAUGCUGUACUCUUCGAAUGGUUUAAGCAAGCGAGAGACAGAGGUGAUCCAGUAUCGGGGCCAGUUAUGCAAGAAAAAGCUCGCAUUUUUAACGAAAAGCUGAAGGGCCCGCAAACGUUUAAAGCAAGCGGUGGUUGGCUCGGGCGUUUCAAAAAUCGGUACGGUAUUCGCGGUAUUCGGCUGAAAGGAGAGACAUUGUCCAACGAUCCUUCAAGUGCUGAAGAAUUUUCGAAAAUUUUAAAAUCAAAAAUUGAAUCCGAAAAUUUAAAGCUAGAAAACAUUUACAAUGCAGACGAAUCCGGAAUUUUCUGGCGAGUAUUGAUGGCGUGCACUUUUGCUCUGCAAUUAGAAGAAGAAGAGAAUUCGAAGAGAGAGCAAUGCAAAGAUCGUGUGACAGCUUUAUUUUGCGCCAAUUCCUCUGGAAGUCAUCGAAUUCCACUGUUAAUGAUUGGGAAAUCUGAAAUUCCAGGAUGCCUCAAGAAUCUAAUAAACGAAAAUUCAAAAGAACUACACUUUAAAAAUUUGGAAAGACUCGGUGUCAUCUACACUCACGAAAACAGUGCAUGGAUGGACAAAUGCAUAUUCCUGCUAUGGUACAAGGAAGUGUUCAUUCCUCGAGUUUUAGAACAUCAAAGAAAGAAUGGAAUAAGAGGAAAGGUUGUUUUACUCCUCGAUAAUGCUCCAUGCCAUCCGAGUUUGGAUGAACUAAACGCGAUAAACGAAAACUUUGAAGUUGUGUAUUUGCCUCCCAAUGUGACGGCCUUGAUUCAGCCCAUGGAUCAAGGAUUAAUCGUGAAGACGAAAAAACUCUUCAAGAAAGACUUGUUGAGACGUAUUUUGCUCAGCGAGGACUCAGAAGGACCUUAUCAGUUUUUGAAAGAAUUGGACCUUCCUGAUUGCUUUGAAAUGCUCAGCCUCGCGUGGAACGCAGUGGCAUCGUCUUCUUUUCGAAAAGCAUGGAAACCGCUCUUAGGCAACUCAUUGCUUCUAAACAAGGUUCCAGCUUCCGGCAAUAUUCAGGAUUCUUCAUCCAACGAUGAUAAUUCUUCCAGCGCUCUGGAUCCUCUAUCCAACUUGGAUGCAGUUGACAACGCAACGGAAUCCACAACUGAUUCGAUAAGAUUUCCGUAUGAAAGUUGCCAUAAAAUUACUCAACUGUUAUCGGGAAGAGAUUAUUGUUUAGAAAAAACAAAAGAAUUCCUCCUGAAAUGGUUUGAAAAUGAUCAUAAUGAUAACGAUUGCGGUUGGAAGUUAUCAUCGGACAGUGAUAUUAUAAACUUUGUUACAAAUAGUAGACGCGAACCUCAAAUUGCAAGUAAAACCAAAAAUAGUGAAACUAUGUUUGAGGAUACUGAUUUUGUAAAUUUUGUUACAUGUGACAGACUCGAACCUGAAAUUGUACCUAAAAUCGAAAACAGGGAAAGUAUGUUUGAAAAUCAUGAUAUUGUAAAUUUUGUUACAUGUGGCAGACUCGAGCCUGAAAUUGUAACUGAAAUCGAAAACGGUGAAAGAAUGUUUGAAAAUUCUGAUCUUAUGGAAAUAACGUCGUCAGAGGGCGAGCCUGAAAUUAUCGAUCAAAUUGAAAACAGCAGAACUAUGUUUGAAAAUACGGAAUCUGUGGAAAUAACGUCCUCAGAGGCUUUUGUCUGCCUCAUGAAACUGAAAAAUUGGGCGAAAAGAGAAGCAGAGAGCUUACCGAUACUCCUUGAUUGCAUCAGGGUAAUGGAGAAGGCGAUAGCUGAACGUACAAAGCGUGAAAUUUCACAAAAUAAAGUGUAGAUAAGAAAGUAA